AUACGAGAUGAUAUCAGCCAGUCGUUGAAUAACAAUUCCAGGAGGCGAUACCUACUCGAUAGAGCGAAGAAAGCGAAAAUUGAUCGAACGAAAGGACAGAUUAGAACGAAGUUGUGAUAGUGAUAUUCAAAUUUUUAAACUAACGGUUAAAUUCGGAAUCAGUGCUGAAAACAGAGCAUAAUCAUGCAGGCAAUUACAAAGAUUAUCAUCUUUAUAGUAGGCAUUUCAGUACUAGCAGGCAUCAUUGGUGCAAGUGUUUAUGUACACAAAAAUGGCCUUCCGCACAAUAACUCGAAUCACAACAGCUCUAAUCAAUCGACAAACGACACGAUACUAUACGAGCCUACCACUAUUUCUGAGCUGCAACCCGACCAUGCCGUGGAACAACCGAAACGUGCUAAAAGGGCUAUCAUUUUCCGACCCCUGUUCGUCUACCGUCAACAGCAGAUCAAGAAACAACGUCUUAGUGCGGAGCGAGAACAGCAAUUGCUUCAGCAAAUGUCCACUACUACUCAGCGGCCGCAAACGCAAAGACCUAAAUAUGCGUCUAACUAUCCUUACAACGGCUAACGUGCUUCGCAAGGCCAAAUGUCCGGCAGUUCGGAACCAAACCUAGACAAUCCAAUAACAGGGAACAUGAUUAAAGUAGUGCUAGAAAAAAUAUUCCGUUACCGUACAAGCUCUCAACUCACCAAUCGUUUCGUGGUGUCACCGACCAUUUGUUGUGGACGAGUUAUCAUAAGCAUACCUACUAGUUAGCAAGUUAGCGUGAAGCGGUUUAGAAUCUUGCGUUUCCUUUUACGAUUUUGUUUGUGCCAUUGUGGCGACUAGCAUCUUCUGAUCAACAACAUGGCGGAAAUAGCGGCUCGAAAUGUGAUAAACGAUUUACGACAGUGACAAUAUGUACUGAUUAUAUUUUCAUAUUUAUUUGUUGAAUAGUGCGUUUUAUAUUUUUUGUAAUAAAAUCGUUGUAUAAAAGA